AUGACUGCCCGAACAGAAAUCGAGCACCGCAACCUCUAUUACAAGCGCCGUUCAUCGUGCAGUGGCCUUUACAAAAGUGAACCAAUGAAGACCCGAUCAGCCACAUCAGCAACUACAGAAGGAGAAACAAGCGCCGCCCGAGAAGAAGAGAUGAUCCGAUCGAGAGAGCCACGUGUCAAAUCGACAUCUGUAUGCAUGGGGUCCCUUCAAUUGGAAGGUGAACGUCGUCUUACGAAACCUCCACCUCGGACACUCAACGAUUUUCAAUUUCUGAGUCCUGAAACUCUAACAAUGCAAAACUAUGAGCUCCAAACGAUCAGACCGCCCGCAAUUUCAACAUCAGAAAUUUUUUGUGAACCUCCACCGGUAUACAUCUACCGAGUGAUCCCGCCGCAUGAAAGACACAUUUCAUCGAAAAAGCCGCCAAAUAAGGUUGUGGAAUAUAUGAAAGAACAUAAGCAUACAUUGAUUGCUUGGGGAUUCGGAAUAUUCGCUGUCACAUUGUGCCUUGUCGUGAUUGUUCUUCAAUGUAGAUCGAACUUCAAAUGA